GUGAAUGAAAUAUAAAGGUGUGCGAAUAGUUAUGCUGUCACUGGGGUACUUCUGCGCGCGCUCGCACACGGUGAGCACGACGUCUGAACAGAAUCUGACAUCUGUACAAGCCUCGCUCUAAUCGCGUUUAACGCUUUCUGUCAGUUGCGCGAGUGAUGAUGAGCGGCGCCGCGCGCUCAGUGAGGAAGGGCAUCUCGUGUCCGACACAAGACCCGAACUGCACUCGCAUCGCGGAAAGCCUCUCCUCGUGGAACAGCUCCGCGAUGAGCGCGUACAGGCUGGUAGAUUUACCCCCCACGACCACAUCUGUUUCCAUGGUGGAAGAGUCAGUUUACCCUUUCCCAACAGUGGACGUGCCUGAUCAUGCUCAUUACACUAUCGGUGCUGUCAUCCUUACUGUUGGCAUCACUGGCAUGUUGGGAAACUUCCUGGUCAUCUAUGCAUUCAGCAGGAGCCGGACCCUGAGAACACCUGCAAACUUGUUCAUAAUAAACCUUGCCAUCACAGACUUCCUCAUGUGUGUCACCCAGGCACCCAUCUUUUUCACCACCAGCAUGCACAAGAGAUGGAUCUUUGGGGAGAAAGGUUGUGAGUUGUAUGCAUUCUGUGGGGCUUUAUUUGGCAUCUGCUCCAUGAUCACACUCAUGGUCAUCGCUGUGGAUCGAUACUUCGUGAUCACACGGCCGCUAGCCUCCAUCGGUGUGUUGUCUCAGAAGAGAGCGAUGCUGAUCCUUCUGAUAGCUUGGGCUUAUUCACUUGGCUGGAGCCUGCCACCCUUCUUUGGCUGGAGUGCUUAUGUUCCCGAAGGGCUGUUGACCUCUUGCACCUGGGAUUAUAUGACCUUCACACCCUCCGUGCGAGCUUACACUAUGCUCCUCUUCACCUUUGUCUUCUUCAUUCCGCUUAUCGUCAUCAUCUACUGCUAUUUCUUUAUUUUCCGAUCCAUUCGCAGCACUAAUGAAGCUGUGGGCAAAAUUAAUGGAGAUAAUAAGAGAGAUUCAAUGAAACGAUUCCAACGGCUGAAAAAUGAAUGGAAGAUGGCGAAAAUUGCUCUUAUUGUCAUUCUCAUGUAUGUCAUCUCCUGGUCUCCAUAUUCAGCUGUGGCACUGACAGCCUUUGCUGGUUAUGCUGAUAUGCUCACACCAUACAUGAAUUCAGUACCUGCUGUGAUAGCCAAAGCUUCAGCAAUCCACAAUCCCAUCAUCUAUGCCAUCACACACCCCAAAUACAGGUUGGCCAUAGCAAAAUACAUUCCGUGUCUUCGUGUGCUGUUGUGCGUCCCCAGGCAUGACCUUAACUCGUUCCACAGCAGCUUUACAUCCACACGUCGCUCUACCGUCACAAGCCAGUCCUCUGAUAUGUCCGGACAGUUUCGCAGAACCAGCACCGGCAAGUCCCGGCUCUCCUCAGCCUCUGACAGUGAAUGGACAGAUACUGAGGCUGAUCUCUCGAGCAUGAGCUCCAGGCCUGCCAGCCGGCAGGUGUCUUGUGACAUCAGCAAGGACACUGCGGAGACCCCAGACUUCAAACCUUGUAACUCCUCCAGCUUCAAGACUAAGCUCAAAAGCCAUGACUCAGGCAUCUUUGAAAAGAGUUCCUUUGAUGUGGAUGAUGCAUCUGUGGCCGGACUCGUUCAUCCAGACUGUACUAACCCUUUAGCUGCUGGUGACGGUACAGACAUGUCAAUUUCAAGAACUGCGAUUGGUCGGAUUCCCAGUAUUGUCAUCACCUCUGAGUCUAGGUCUUUCCUGUCCUCAGUACGGCCCAGCCACAGAAGCAGCCGCUCAAGCGCAUCCAGUGCUGGGGCAAAUCCACCCAGGAGAGACUCUCGUGGAGGAGUCCAGCAGGGGGCAGUGCAUCUCUCCACUGCUGCUGAAACACCUGCAUCUGCUCAUCCUUAAUAUCUCUAGUGCUCAUACCUCUUCACGCGCAUCUGAAACUUACCUUCGAGCUUUGUAUUGGGGUUCAGUGUUUUUUGUGAGUUAUCCUGUUCUGUGGAUUAGACCUUCAGUAAAGGGAACUUGAAAUGAAAAAAAAAACCUGAGAGAUGAAUCAGUGUCUGUAUCACAGAAGGUCAAAUAUGAAAGUCACACAUUGAUGUCUUUUACAUGUGUAUUACAUUUUUAUAAUGACCUCAACUGUUACACAAUGUCCAGCACCUUUGUUUCGCUCUAUUUUAAGGAAAUAUUUAACAGAAUCAGUCACUGCUCAAUCCGUGGAGACUUGGAUGGAUGGAGAGAAAGCAUCUCAAAUGAUUUUAGUCUGGACAUCAUUGUUAAAUGGCUUGUACAGGUAAUAUCUGCUUGUUUGUGUUUGCUUUAGUUUUAAGCUUUUUUGUGUUUCUUGUAUACAUUAUAAAUGUAAUUUUGAUUGUUUAGUUUUAACCUUCAGCAUUUUUUAUGAUGCCAUAAUGAUACCAUUUCAACCAUAAAUCUGAUCUGGUUAUUUUACUGAGAUUCUACCUGAAUGUUUUGCCUAACAGGAUCAUCUUAAGACUGUGUGGUACGUGAGUUUUGCUCACAAGACACUGAAAUGCUUGCUUCCACAGAACUUCAAGGUAUGCAAUGUAAAGACAUAUUACAGGAACAUCCUAACUCAGAAUCCUAUUUUAUCUGUUUAGUAACCAUGGUGAUCUCAUUUUGAAUAUUAAACCUCUCAGAUCUUCAGACUUAAAGCUAGACUAUGUAACUUUUUUAUUAAAACAAACAAACAAAAAAACAAAAACAGCAAAUUGUUAUUGAUGAGAGAUUGAAAGAGAUUGAUCUUUCGAGCUAUGACUUUUCUUUACCUUUAAAUACUGAAUUAUCAUAUAGGAAAUCGUAUAGGCUACAUAUAUUAUUUUCCUGUGCUUGUCACGUCAUAUCUGUACACAAAGUAAACCUCCAGUAUUAAAACAAAGAAACACUCUGGUAAGAAACCCUGUAGCCAUGUGUACACCAGUGCCUCAGACCACUUUCAUUCACACAGAGACACCGAGCUGAUGCGCAACCAAAGCAAUUUUCUUCUGCAAGAUGAAUGCAGUUUUCCUUUUUAACCGCUAGAGGGCCACAAGUUCCUUAGGGCUUGUCCCUGUACCCACACGUAUAUUGGGAUUUUAUAUUGGAAUUAAUUCAUUUUCUUCCAAAUAGCACAUAGUGUAGCUUUAAGAAGU